AUGACUUCCUCCGACGUCCGAGACGUACUAAAUCUCGAAGCCCACGCGGGACCCCGGCCGGCAAAGAAGCAGAAGACCCCAGCGCCGCGGCUGAGCCUAAAAGGCUUGGCUCGUGAAGUACAGAACCUGGGCGGCGACAACCCAAUCGCAAUCGUCCCUGAGGCUUCCAUAUUCAAGAAGCGGCGCAUCGCAAGCCGGAAGCCGGCUGCGAAAUGGGAACUGCGGGUGUUUCAAAACUCGGCCCGUGGCGAUGGAGGAAGUUUGAUCCUGAAGCAUUGGAGAAGGAAGACGGAUGGUCCGGGGGCUGGCGCCACUGAACCACAGGAAGGCGAACGUGUCAAGAGCGAAGAGACAAAGCGAGAACUGGAAGACUCAGCCUUUGCGAAGUUCAACGUGCGUGUUGAUGUGCCACAAUACAGCGACGACCAGUACCAGACCAACCUCGUGAAUCCCGACUGGACCAAGGACGAAACAGACUAUCUCCUAAAUCUCGUAAAGGAGUACGACUUGCGAUGGCCGAUAAUCUGGGACCGAUACGACUACGUACCCGAGGCGAUCAAUGGCGAGUCGUCGGCGGAUGGUGAUGAGAGUAAAGCAAUCAUUCCUGCACCGAAACCCCGUUCGAUGGAGGAUCUGAAAGCGCGGUACUACGAGAUUGCGGCGAAGAUGAUGGCAGCGCAAACGCCUGUCCAGUAUAUGACGAAAGAAGAGUGCGCACUACAUGAAACGAUGGCCAAAUUCAACCCGGCGCAGGAGAGGCUCCGGAAGGAGUUCGCCAUCAACGGAAUGACCAGAACCAAAGAGGAAGCCAACGAGGAGGAGUCGCUUCUUGUGGAGAUUAAACGCAUACUUCAACGCAGCGCCGUGUUCAAUGAGGAGCGUCGCGAACUGUAUAACCGACUCGACUACCCCCACACGGACCAAGAUAUCAGCUCUUUCAAGUCGAGCUCCGGCUUGCAGACGUUGCUCCAGACCAUGAUGGCCGUCGACAAGAAUAAGAAACGCAAGUCGCUGAUGGGGGCGGAUGGUGCCAGUCCAUCUGCGCCUGGGAAUAAGAAUUCUGGUGCUAAUGCCGCGUCAACACCUACUGAGAAGACCGGCGGUAAGAAGGGACAGCAACAGCAGCAGCAGCAGCAGCAGCCACAGCCACAGCCACAGCAACAGCAGCAGCAACAACAGCAACAACAGCCACAGGAACGACGCAAGCUGUCUGAGGCCGAAAAAUACAUAUAUGGCGUCUCCUACCACGAUCGUCUACCGCCGGGCCCGACAUUCCGAUAUGAGCGUAUCAACAAGCUCUUCACGAACAAGUCCGGUCAGCAGCAGAUUCGCAUUUCUAAUCUGCUCACGGAGCUCGACGUCCCCCCACGGUUGACCAUGCCGACUGCCGCAGUGACGGCCCAGUUCGAGCAGCUCAUGGGCGCCGUCAGCAGCCUUUUGGACGCACGCAAGGUCACGGAUAAGAUUGAUGCCGAGAUUAAGGUGGAGUUGGCAAAGAAGACAGAACGCGAGGAGCGGGAACGAAAAAAGAACCCUCCGAGGGGUUCUGCCGAGUCGGCAAAGGGCACGGGUGCCAACGAUACGAACCCGGAGAAGGAUGGAUCUGGCAAGGAGGCGAAGACGACGGCGAAACAAUCAGACAUCAACGAUGGGGAGUGGAAGGAAACGGCUGCUUCUGGUGAGGAUAAGGCUCAGGCCGAGAAGGCUGGCGGGAGUGAACCUAAUGGGGCAUCGCAUAAGCGAAGUGCUAGCGUCUUGAGCACUGUAAGUGACAAGAGUGCGAAGAGGCAAAGGAAAUGA